CAUACGCGUCCUUGACCUUUUCCCAAAAGUCGGCUACACAUCGUUAAUCAUGGCGAUGUUCCAAAGGGAUCCCCGUGCUGGCGCGUUCUUGGGUGGAGACAGAGUAUCUGGGCAGGAUAUUCGUGACCAAAAUGUAAUCGCUGCUCAAUCCAUCGCGAACAUCGUCAAGAGUUCCCUCGGCCCUCUGGGGCUCGACAAGAUGUUGGUGGACAACAUUGGAGAAGUCACCAUCUCGAAUGAUGGCGCAACCAUCCUCUCCCUCCUCUCUGUCGAUCACCCCGCGGGCCGCAUCUUCGUCGAUCUCGCACAGAAGCAAGACAAGGAGGUCGGCGAUGGCACUACGUCCGUCGUCAUAAUUGCCGCCGAGCUUCUGCGCCGCGCAAAUGAGCUCGUCAAGUCGAAGAUCCACCCCACCACGAUCAUCACCGGCUACCGUCUCGCGUGCCGGGAGGCGGUCAAGUACAUGCAGGACCAGCUGAGCAUCAAGGUGGAUGCGCUCGGGAAGGAGGCGCUGAUCAACGCCGCGAAGACCAGCAUGUCGAGCAAGAUCAUCGGGAACGAUGACGACGUGUUCGCCCCCAUGGCGGUCGACGCGAUGCUCGCCGUCAGAACAAUCAACACGCGCGGUGACAUCAAGUACCCCGUGAAGGCCGUGAACGUACUGAAGGCGCACGGGCGGAGCGCACGGGACUCCAUCUUCGUGCAGGGCUACGCCCUGAACUGCACCGUCGCCAGUCAAGCGAUGAAGAAGCGCAUAACGAAUGCGAAGAUCGCUUGCCUGGACAUCAACCUCCAGAAGGCGCGCAUGCAGCUCGGCGUGCAGAUUCUCGUCGACGAUCCGAACCAGCUCGAGGAGAUUCGGAAGCGGGAGUCGGAGAUUACGCUGGAACGCAUUCGCAAGAUCCUUGCGGCCGGCGCGAACGUGGUCCUCACGACGAAGGGUAUUGAUGACCUUUGCUUGAAGGAGUUCGUCGAGGCUGGCGCGAUGGCCGUCCGCAGAUGUCGCAAGGAGGACCUGCGCCGAAUUGCGAAGGCCACUGGCGGUACCUUGGUGUCGAGCUUGGCAAACCUCGAGGGCGAGGAGACCUUCGAGCCCAGUUACCUCGGUACCGCGGACGAGGUCGUGCAAGAGCGCAUCUCGGACGACGAGCUUAUCUUAGUCAAGGGCACAAAGGUCGUCAGCUCGUCCUCUAUCAUCCUCCGCGGCGCCAACGACUACAUGCUCGACGAAAUGGAGCGUGCUCUGCAUGACACUCUUUCCAUCAUCAAGCGGACGUUGGAGAGCGGCGCCGUUGUCCCCGGUGGCGGAGCCGUCGAGUCUGCCCUCAGCAUAUACCUCGAGAACUUUGCGACGACAUUGGGAUCUCGCGAACAGCUCGCGAUCGCUGAGUUUGCGCAAGCUCUGCUUUCCAUCCCGAAGACCCUUUCUGUCAACGCAGCGAAAGACUCGACCGAGCUUGUCGCCAAAUUGCGGUCAUACCACUACAAGGCGCAGACUGCACCUGCUGGCGACCCGAAGAAGCAGCUCCUGCGUUAUGGCCUCGACCUCAUGAACGGGGACGUGCGGGACAAUGUCUCUGCUGGCAUUCUCGAGCCCACGAUGAGCAAGGUGAAGAGCCUGAAGUCCGCGUACGAGGCUGCUGUUUCCUUGCUUCGCAUCGACGACGCGAUCCAGUGCAUUCCAGAGCCGCAAGGCGAGCCUGAUCCUCACGGACACUAGAAGAUGUAGAAGUAGUACUGUACAAUAUACUGCUAACGGCGCUGUUACUGCGACCUGGCUGUGGUCUUGACGACCAUCUCCGUUCAUUUUGCG